AUGUUCAUCGAAACAACCUGGCAAACAACAAGACCCAGUGUAACAGGAAGAGUUACAUUUCUGCUCAACAACGAUCACUUGAGCGAUGUCAAGUUUGUUGCUACAAACAGCAAUGGCGAAAGUAAACAAGUGAUUCCAGCUCACAAAUUCAUACUGGCGAUUGGCAGUCCCGUGUUUGAAGCCAUGUUUUACGGUGAGCUGGCGGAGACUAAAGACACUAUUGAACUACCUGACUGUGAUUACGAGAGUCUGUUGGAGUUGUUUCGCUACAUUUACAGCGAUGAAGUAAAUUUGAGCGGAAGUAAUGUGAUGGCAGUGCUAUACUUAGCAAAGAAAUACAUUGUGCCUUCACUCGCCGACAAAUGCAUGGAGUAUCUGAAUGAAAAGAUAAACUCUUUGAAUGCUUUCAGCAUUCUUCCAUGGGCACAAAAAUAUGAGGAGAAAUCGUUGGUCGAUCGAUGCUGGAAAGUGAUUGAGAAUCAGACAGAAGCGGCUGUCGAAUCGGAAGGAUUUGAGACAAUUGGCAGAUCCUUACUUGAAGAAGUUGUCGCAAGAGACAAUUUGUCGAUCAAAGAGGUCAUCUUGUUUCAAGCUGUAGAUCGAUGGGCAACAACACAAUGCGAAAAGCAAGGUUUGGCAGAAGAAGGUCCAAUUAAAAGACGAAUCCUCGGUGAAGAAAUGAUAAAAGCCUUGCGCUUCCCGGUUAUGACGGGAGAGGAGUUUGCUGUCAACAUUGUUGAUACGAACAUUCUAACUUCAGAUGAAGUAGUCACCUUGCUUAAGUACUUUAUAGUACCAACUUCGCCCAGCCCUGUCGCGUUUUCCAAGACUCCGCGGGGGAAAUUGACUCAUGCUGCAGAUUGCAUGACCAGCUGCAGGUUUCCCACAUGUACUCCGACAUCGUGGAAUUACCAUGGAGAGCGCAGUGAUUUGCUCUGCUUUUCUGUGGACAAAACCAUUACAUUACAUGGACUCCGCCUAUUUGGCAGUGAAAAUAACAGCUACACAGUAACACUGAAAGUUACGGAUACUGGUAGUAGAACAACUGUAGUAUCCAAAUCUGGAACAUAUUAUCCAAAACUUUUGCACUCCAAACGUUUUAGUUAUCAUGGAUUUGAAGUUAUGUUCGACUCUGCAGCUGUGUUAAAAAACAACACAAGUUAUCUCAUUGAAGCAUUGAUAUCAGGUCCGUGGUCUGGAAAAGGAGAUAACGGGCUGGGUACUGUGAAAGCGUCCAGUGUUACGUUUACAUUUUCUUCCGUAUACAGGGAAGACAGCAACAAUACAAACGUUAAUGGUGGUCAAUUUCCAGAAAUUCUUUUUUCCCAUUAG